AUGGCUGCCCAUAUCAAGCCGCUCACCUUGCACGCUCACUCUUCUGGCCCGAAUCCAGUUAAGAUAGCCAUGGCCCUCGAAGCACUUCAUGUCCCAUAUGAAGUGAAGCAGUGGGAAUUUGGUGAUGAUCCGACCAAGGGGGUGAAAGGCGCAACAUAUCUCAAGAUCAAUGAGAAUGGACGUGUUCCUGCGAUCGAAGAUCCUAACACCGGUGUUACCGCGUGGGAAUCUGGAGCUUGUAUGAAUUACAUCCGCCGGGUGUAUGACAAAGGCAACACGAUUGGCCCAUCUGCGGACUCCGCGCAAGACCUGGUUGACUUCGAGAAAUGGGAGUAUUUCUUGUUGUCGACUCUGGGCCCGAUGAUGGGGCAGACAAACUGGUUCAAGCACUUCAACGCCGAAAAGAAUGAGAACGCACUUGAACGAUACACAGCUCAAGCAUAUCGAUGCUAUGAUGUCCUCGAGGGACAGUUGAAGAAAAGUGGUGGAGAGAGCAUUCUUCCUGGCCGUAUCACUGCUGUUGAUUAUCACUUCGAGCCUUGGGUGCGUGGGUAUGCAUUUGCUGGUCUCACAUUGGAAAAACACCCUCUAAUCUCGAAAUGGCUGGGCCUCAUGAAUACACGCGAAGAAGUCAAAGAGGCAUACUUCAGAGUUAGGGGCUAG